UCACACCUCGUAGCGAAAGACGGCUGGCUCAUUUAUUACGUGCAAGUUAUGAUACGUGGAAUUUUUUGAAAAAUCGACCUACAAGUCCACACCCACCGUAUUCGAGCACUUUGGAAAACAUGCGGAACACACCCACAAGUUGCGUGUCCAACGCAUUUGUACUGAACUUAUUGUUAGAAAUUAAAAUUCUGAAUUUUCGCUCAGUUACACCGCGACUGCACCAGUGAACUGCAGGCCCCACGCAAUUCAUUCGCGUUCUCAAUGAUGCAAGAAUUCUAAAAUUUUGAAAAUAUCAUGCGGCGGGAAGUUCAUGCGGGGUGAAAUUUCGAUGAUCUAGGAUUCGAUAUAAUAGAAAUUAUACAAAAAAUCCAUGUGUUUCGGAUCCACAAUCAUCGAUAAAUCGGUCUUUGGUUGUUAAAAAUUUUCCACCGCGUUUCAGGGGUGAUUAUUUAUUGGUAUUCGUAGUAACCAUAGCGACCGUGAACCACAACACACACGUGCACACGCCUUGACGUUUGAACGUCGGAACGUCGCCGUCGGGUCGUCAGGCGUCGGGACGAACAGAGUACUACGGACGACGGUUUUGGUUGCGCCACAGCCAUCAGGUCCUUCUGUGCUAUCAGAUUUUCAGGAGGGAACGAUAUUGAAUUUAGAAAUAAUCUAAGCCUUAAAUAUCUCGUUCCACUCCACCGUACUCGUGUAUUACUCGUGUGCGUGUUCAUGUGUUCGGUGACAUGCAGAGAUUGAAACAGGGGGCUGUUUCGAUACGCUUGAACAGUUUCGGAAUGAGUUGACGUUCAAAUUUUAGAAUUAAGUUUGAGACAAUAAAUUGACGGUGAACAAUGAAAUUCAAAGUUUCGAGCACCAGUUAUCAAUUUACAUCAUUGUUUCUUCUUUUCCUCAGUUUCCAGACAGGGAACGCCAUUGAUUGCUUCAAGUGCGUCUCUGUUGGGGGUAACAACAAGGCUUGCGAUGAUCCUUUUCACAACAAUGGCAGCUUGGGUUUCCUAGAGACGCCUUGCCACGGAGGUCGGAAGGGUCGGGACGGCUUGUUUCCCGCAACUGCGUGCAUAAAAAUUGCUGGCAUUUACGACGAGUCCGGAGUUUCAUUAACGGUAAGAAGUUGCGCUUUGGACAGUGGAACGUUGACCACGGAUUCAGAAAUCAUCAGGAUGUCCCAUUGCGGAGGGUUUUACUUCGACCAGAAGUACGUUCGUGGCUGUGUUCAGUCCUGCAGCGACGCAGAUGCCUGUAACAAUUCCAUAAGGGUCGCUUCACUUUCCUCGUUACCCAUCAUGGGGAUGAUGAUUUUCUUGGUACAGCUUUGACAAGGACUGACAUAGUAUCUUUCACCCAGAAUUUAGACACGUUGUCGUUCUCGGCAAGUUCGAGCAAUCAAUCGCCCGUAUACACGUCAUAAACAACGAAGCUAUCUCUUUGCUGCAGGACUCCAUGAGAAAAUUUUUAAAGGGCAAGAAUUUUUAGACGAUUUCUCAUUCAAGUCGAGAAAUAUAUCUACCCCCCCAAUUGUUUCCAAUAAUCAUUCGCUCCGAUUUUGUCUCUUCUGCAUUUUUUUAGAUUUACGCAUACUCGGGGGUCAAGUACGUAUGUAUACGAUGCGUAUGCGGUACCUGCAGGAGUGGCUGAUAAUAUGAUAUUGCUCAUUAUCAGUACGGUUGAAUUGAGCGUCCUGCAGUAGCGUUCUUUGUUCUAUAAAGACGCCAUGCGAUUGCGUAAUCGCAAUUUGGCUACUUCUUCCUCCAUUUACGACCAUCCCGUCACACGUAAUCCGAUAUCUAGCGUAUAAGAAUCGCUUCGCGUUAGCGCAAUCUUGGCCGGGACUAGACUCCGUAUACCCUCCUUUGAGACAAUUAGACGACUAUUAAAUUCUAUUUCAAUUAAUUAGAGUGCAAAACAACUUUAGCGAUGGGCAUUAGGACCUCGCGUGAGCUUUUUUUUUUCUAUGAGUAUAAAUCCCGCGAGAAUUCAUAGUCCACAUUUAUCAAAUAGUUCGUUAUAGUUUCGCAAAAUUGUUUUUACUUGAUGCGAUUCUUUAAUGUGAAAAUUGAUAAUUUUUCAUGUACAACUGAAAUGCUACACUUUAUCGGAUUCAUUUUUAUUAAACUUGAUUACAGUUCCUAAUUUAUUGAAUUAAUUUCGUUGAGAAGCUCACUACGAUACAUCAAUUCAAAAUUAUUAAACUGCCUUACAUCUUACGUAAAUUAUCCAUAAAUCCUAGGUAUCUAUAUUAUAUCCUUACAUGAUCACGUGUAAUGUAAGUACUAAUUAGCAAUAUUGCAAUUGCAAAAUUUCGCUUGACUCUACAAUAAAGUCAUAGUAGUAUCCAUCGUACAGGUACUGCUCUAAUUCUUAUAAAUCUCACCUUUAAACUUGACGGGUUGCAUAAAGUAGAGCGCAUUUCGUCACUGCAGAUACAGAAUUUGUCUAGAAAAGGUAGCAAUGCCCAGUAAGCAUUGCUUAAAAAAUAUCGUUUUGAACGUCGGUUUGACAUGACAGUUUGACAUGGUUUUUUAUUUUUUCUUCAUCAGAAGGGUCUGUCUUCGGACGCUAUGUUGUUGAUCAGUUUUUGGCAAUCGAUGUAAUAACGUAAAAAUUUCCGAUGUUGAUAGCGCGAAUAAAACGUACAUGGAUCUU